AUGGAUCUGAGAGGAAAUCACUUGUCUGGGCAAUUAGAACUUAACAUGUUUUUCUGGAGCUUCAAGAUGCUAUCCGUUCUCUGUUUGUCAUAUAACAAUCUGUCAUUGAUUAUCAAGCCAAGUGCAUUCAAUGCAAGUCUUGCCAUGAAUAUUAGAACAUUAUUUUUGGCUUCUUGCAGCAUGAAUGAGUUUCCAGAAAUUCUGAAAGACCGGGACCAGCUCGAAGAACUUGACCUGUCAAACAACAAAAUAAAGGGUACCCUCCCAAGCUGGAUAUAUAGAAAAGAAAAUCUUUGGGCAUUAUUACUUUCUGACAAUUCUUUUGUUGGAGAAAUUCCACCAUUGAUCUGCAAUCUGAAAUCACUUGAGUUCCUCGAAUUAUCGUACAACAAUUUAAGUGGUAACAUUCCACCAUGUUUAGGAACUUUCAGCAGAAAGUUGCAAGCACUCAAGCUGGGGAACAACAGGUUGUAUGGCUUCAUUCCUCAAACAUUCAUGAAAGGAAGUGCCAUCAAGUUGAUUGAUCUUAGCCAAAACAAUUUACAGGGUCAGAUGCCUGAAACAUUGAGCAAUUGUAGAAUGUUAGAGUAUCUUGAUGUCAGCAACAACCAAAUCAAUGGUUCUUUUCCUUUGUGGUUGGGAAAUCUACCUGAGUUGAAAGUCCUUGUGCUACGUUCUAACAAGUUUUCUGGAGUUAUAAGCUCCCCAACAACUUGCACAUUUCCCAAGCUGCACAUCAUUGAUCUUUCUCAAAAUGAUUUCUCAGGAAACUUUCCUUCAGAGUUACUUCAGGACUGGGCAUCCAUGAGAGCUUCUGCCGCGAAUCAGCUCAAGUAUGAGCCAUGGUAUCACUAUUACAAGCAAACAGAAAGCUACUGGGGCUUCACUUACCCUUAUUCCUUCACAAUUUUCAACAAAGGAAAACUCAUGGUCUAUGAGAAGCUCCAACAACUGUACUUCUUUAUAGCCAUCGAUCUCUCAAGCAACAAGCUUAACGGAGAAAUUCCAGAUAACAUUGGAGACUUGAAGGGGCUUGUUUUGCUCAAUCUGUCUAAUAACUUGUUCACUGGAGGUAUUCCAUCUUCUCUGGGAAAGCUAUCUCAACUUGAGGCAUUAGACCUUUCCCACAACAAUUUAACAGGGAAGAUCCCUCAAGAACUUACAGAACUCAACUUCCUUGAAUUCCUCAAUGUGUCCUACAACCAUCUGUCUGGUCCAAUACCUCAAAACCCUCAGUUUGACACAUUCGAAAGCAAUUCAUUCGAGGGGAACCAAGGAUUAUGUGGGAUCCAGUUGUUGAAGAAAUGUGAAGAUCAUCGUGGAGAGCGUGUGAUAACUCCUCCUUCAGAAGAUGAUGAGCCCCUCUUUGAAUUUGACUGGAAGAUAAUUGUGAUUGGAUAUGGAGGUGGACUUGCUUUUGGAAUAGCUAUGGGAAGCACUUUUAUUCCAGAGAAGUGGGCAUUUCUUGUCCUUGAAAGGCUCCAUAUAAGAAGACUUUACAGAAGAUAUUGA